UGAUGCAAUUAAUAUUAAUAGUUACAGUAACUAAAAAAGUAAGGCAUACUUCAUUAACAUCGAUGAUUUUGAAUGAUUCAUGCCAGAAAACUGGAGGUUUCUUGUCAUUAUUGUGGAUUCUUUAAAACAAAAAAUAAACCGUUUUAUCGUGUCCCGAGUCCCGACCACAGAGUCAUGAGUCUUCUUCAUUCUAAAACUCUUCUUCACUCUUCACAGCUGCUUCUACCGUACGAGUCGGUGCCGUCGACGUACUAGUAUCCAACAAAAAUAUUGACCACAGCUGCAUAGGGCGGACGCUAUAAAGCGAAGUCUGCGUUGUUUGCUUCCUGCUCCGGGAUGCUCCGCUAUUCACGUAUACGAUAAACUCAUCUACUGAUUCUACUCUACGUAGAAGCCUCGGUUUAUUUGUGGAUUUUCUGUGUACAAGUUACGAACAGAACAAAUCUUCCGCUUGGAAUUGAUUUGCUGUUUAUUUAUGUUUUUUUAAUGCUGUUGAGCUUUUCAAAGCCAUUUUGUCCGUUUAUUCGCACGCCUUUUUGAAGUUUUUCUUCUUAAAUAGUGGCCUAACGAGACUUACUAUGCAUCGCUUGAUAUUCAGACUGAUUUCGCAUCAACCCAGUUUUCCACUCCCAUUUUCAUCCGCCCGUUGUCAGUGUGUGAAUAUUACGACGAAUGCAUCUUUGUACGCGUCAGAAUCGAAAAAGGACAGUUCAGAUAAAAGGGAACCUUUAAAAACAAGUGGCCGGAACCCCAACGAGGAUAGCAAAGCAUCGAAAAAGGAAAGUGCGACGCGGUCCAGCGAGACAGGUGCUACCAGCAAAGCGUCCCAGUCAAUGGCUUCUAAUGAAACUAAAGGUGAAUCAAAGCCACCGGCUUCGAAAGAUUAUACCGCAUCAUCAUCCAGCAAGUCGUCUCCCACUUCCCAGUCUAAAUCAUCAUCGGGAGCGGCGGCAACGGCAGCUGGGAAGAGUUCCGCGCCAUCCGGUAGCGCAGGUCGGCCGAAAGAUGGCAAAAUUCGAAUGGAUGAUUACAAAGUGCAGGAGUAUUUCCAGCAUAAUUUGUACACAUUUUACGACGUAGAAAAAUCCAUGGUGUCCAGCAGACUACCGCAACCUUCUUCUAAUCAGCAGGAACAAGCCAAAUAAUGCGUAAAAAGUUCGACAUCCAAUGUUGCUUGCCGUUGAUACUGGCAGUGUUCACUUUUUCAACAAAACGGAGAUGAGACGGGACUUCAUACCGUAGUUUAAGUGUGAUAUGUUCGUUGCAAAUCAACGCUUUGUUACUCCUCCGUGUUGUCAUCAACGCCAAAAAAAGAGCUGAUUGUAUAAAACAACCAAGAAAACAAGUGCUCAUUGCGAGUAGGCUUUGACUGCUGUACAAAUUAACUCGGAAGCACAUGCACGGUUUAUGUUAAAAUGUUCGCAAAGUGCGUUUUUGUAUGUUCUAUUUGGUUCGACCCACUCAUAUAAAUGUUAUU